AUGACUGUUGAGAGGAAAGGGGGUGAGCAGGCUGGAGAUGCUGGAGAUGAGUUGGUUGGUGUCGAGAGGAAAGAAGAGGAGAUGAUUUGUGGUGAGAAGCAAGAGAAAGUUAGGGACGAAAAAGUGACUGAUGAGAAGAAAGACGACGAGCAGGUUGGGGAUGAGAAAGUGGGUGUCAAGAGGAAAGAAGAGAAGCGAGUUGGGGAGGUGGAAGAAAUUCGUUUGCGUGGGAGGGAAGUCCAGAGGUUGAAGCUUCUCUCGCCUCGUCCUGGAGACUUGCCAUUUUGGGACAUCUGCGCGUGUCUGCGCACUCUUCUGGCAAACACUGUGCUUCAUGUGUCUAUGAUACACCCUUAG